AUGGCGAGGCCAUCUGUUCUCGUGAAGACCUCUCUCGCGCGGCGGCGCCGUCGUCCUCGCUGUUGUGUAAGCAAAACCGAGGGCUCCGGCACGGCCACGCUGCCGAGCGCAGAGGCGGCGGCUCUGGCCGGCGUUGAUGGAGCCGCCGACAUUCGGUCGCCGUCGUUGAUGGUGCCGGCCAUGCAAGACUGCGAGGUGGACGCCACGGCGACGGCGGCACUGGGCCGACGGGUCGCUUCGGACGAGACACUCACUGUCCAUGCCGGGGAGAAGCUGGGGAGCGGCGGCGAGGCCGCCGCCGGGACGGACUCGAUCGCGACGCCGAUCGUGAGCGGCACCACGCACUGGUUCAGGGACUCGGCCGACCUCGUCGCGUUCCGGGAAGGGCGGCGGGAGAGCUUCGAGUACGGCCGGUACGGGAACCCCACGGUGAAGGUGCUGGAGGAGAAGAUCAGCGCGCUCGAGAGGGCGGAGGCGACGCUCGUCACCUCCUCUGGCAUGAACGCCAUCGUCGCCACACUCCUCGCCCUCGUCCCUCCCGGCGGCCAUGUCGUCGCCACCAACGACUGCUACACCGAGACACGCGCCCUCAUCCGCGACCGGCUCUCCAAGAUGGGUAUCUUGGCGACGUUCGUCGAUCUGGACGACACGGAGGCGCUGGAAUCGGUUCUUGAUCAGGGCGACGUGACGAUGUUCUACGCCGACUCGCCGACGACUUAUUCAAACACGACGAACCCUCACCUGAAGGUGGUGGACGUGCGGCGCGUGGCGGAGCUGUGCCGCCGGAGAGGCGCGCUGGUGUGCAUCGACAGCACGCUGGCGUCGCCCAUCAACCAGAAGCCGCUCACCCUCGGCGCCGACGUCGUCCUCCACUCCGCCACCAAGUACAUCGCCGGCCACCACGACGUCAUCGCCGGCUGCGUCAGCGCCUCGGAGCAGCUCAUCUCAAGGAUACGCGCGUGGCACCACGACCUCGGCGGCGCCAUUAGUCCGAAUGCGGCGUACAUGAUCAUCCGCGGACUGAAGACGAUGGCGCUGCGGGUGGAGGCUCAGAACCGGACGGCGCUGCGGAUGGCGCGGCUGCUGGAGAACCACCCCAAGAUCGAGCGUGUCCACUACCCGGGGCUGGAGAGCAGCCCGUGGCACGGCGUCGGGAGGAAACAGAUGGCCGGCGGCGGCGGCGUGAUCAGCUUCGAGGUGGCGUCGGACAUGGACGGCGCGACGAGGUUCGUGGACGCGCUGGAGCUGCCGCUGAUCGCGACGUCGCUCGGCGGUUGCGAGAGCCUGGUGCAGCAGCCGGCUGUCAUGUCCUACUGGGGCAAGAGCGACGAGAAGACCAAGAAUGGGAUUAAGGACAAUCUUGUGAGGUUCAGUUUUGGAAUUGAGAAGUACGAGGAUCUCAGGGAUGACAUACUCCAAGCCCUAGAGAAGAUUUAAUCAGGGUUAUCAGCUUGAUCCUGAUCUAUAAUAAUUGUGUGCAUUAUAUGUUCUAGUUUCAAAGCAAUUCAAUAAGGGUCCUUUUUAAUUUCCUCGCGGAAAAAAAAUAAAUAGGAUUCAUUGGGAAGAGCAAUCCUGAAGUUGCUCUAAAGAUAAGUACCGAACAUGAUGUUGUUUUCUUAGUAUACAUUGUAACUGCAAAUUAAGGAUGGAAAUAUAUGCUGGUUUGUAUCGUUUC